GGAAUCUAUUCAUCAGGUCUUGAAGCUUUUCUUAAUCACAUCACAAAUGGAAAAAUUAAAAAAAGCACCACUUCCUUCAUCCUUCAAAAAGACCCGGCCUAAGGAAACUAAUGCGCCAAUCGAUCCCGAAUUAAUUAAAGAAUUAAAAUUUGACGCGGAUAUUCGUGACCUUUGGUCAAAAAGCGUUUAUGACCGAGAUCGACGCGAAAUAUUUGAAAAGACUGAUGAAAUUUAUGAUUUUAUCAUUGUGGGAGCCGGUACAGCAGGAUGUGUGUUGGCAAGAGAGCUGAUUCAUAAUAUUCCGUAUGUUAAUAUUUUGGUAUUGGAGGCUGGCCCACCGACUACACAAGUCAAUGAUAGGAUGC